AUGGAGGCUGGUUCCUCUCCUUCGCUUCGUGUCAGUCCGGAUACUUCUGCGCACCAGCGGACGGGGUCGCUGCCUCGCAUCCGCAGCCGGGUGCCACGGUUUUCUGCCUUAGAUACAAAAGCAGUUGCUGCCUUCGUGUUGAAUUCCCUAGUGAGAGGUCGCGGUGCGAGCGGAGCGGCUGUCUCCUUUGGGGUGCCGCCGCGCGCCUCUCGCUGUUUUGGCUGCGAAGGACCCGGGGGGGGAGGCCGCCACCCGCACACCGGUCCCUGCCCUCGGUGGACUCCCAGUCAUCAUCUUCCUCUUCAUCCUGAUCCAUCCUUCGAAAGUCCUCUUUGCGGAGACUCUCGUGCCUGCGGAAGAGAGACUUCGUUGCGCACACCGGUGGGCGGGCUACCCAGUGUUCAUCCUCACCUCCGGGGCAGGCUUCCAGGUCACUCCGCGUGCGCGCCCUCGUCUUCUCACGCAGGUUGCCGCGGAGACGCUUCAGCCGAUGGCGCGUCGCCAUCCUCUGUUGUUCAGCACCUUUUUCCUCUCCCCCAGCGCGAUAUUCCUCAAAGUUCCCAGAGCGCAGCGGGGCUGGCGGCCAGCGAGUUGCUCGGCUCCGGCAGGUACGAAACCAGCCGAGACCCCGCUGCGACCCUUGGUUCACCUGCGCAGCAUUUGCUCGCAUGUGGAAGUGUCCCGAUCUAUGCGUGUGAGGCAGUAAAUGCUGCAGAUAGUUCCAGACUCGGCACCGUUUCGCAGUCUUUCGGCGGCAGCGACGUAUCUCUCCACUGCGCAUCGGCGAGGCGGCACAAUGAACAGGCCGCCGAUCCGCACUCGAUAGCGAACGUGGAUCCUCUGUCGCUGCAUUUCUCUUCUCAAGCUCGGCCCUGUGUUCACUGCGUCGCUCGAAGUGAGGACAGACGAGCUGGAGAGAAGGCAGAAGAGACGCGCUGCAACUGUCGAUUUCUCGUGGCCGUUGGAGGCGUGCCAGGCAGCGGGAAGUCCACUCUCGCCCGGCAGCUUGCGGCUGAGAUCAAUCGCUUGAGCAGAGAACGACGCGUCGCAGGGGCAGAGCCCCGAGGAGCGCCCCUUGACGAGCUCGCGCCGCAUCGCGCCUCGGUUUCCUCCCCGUCGGGAGAUCCACAGGGCCAACAUGCCACCUGGGGGACUGACGGGCUCGCAGCCCAAGCGACAGGGCCGGAAGAUCCCGCGGCAAGUGAGGGCGAACGCAGGCGCCAAAACGGUGGGAGCCUGGCGAUGCAGCCCAGCGCCGAUCUGAAGGUGGAGUCUGACUCGAAGCACGGAGUACGGGACCCGCUCAGCCAGGGUGACCAGGCGGACGAGUUCUGCGUUGCCGUCGGGAUUGACGGUUUCCACCUCACCCGGGAACGUCUGUCGCAGUUCCCUGACCCAGCAGAGGCUUUUCGGCGACGCGGCGCGCCGUGGACGUUAGAUCUACCUGCAUUCUGGCGCGCGCUGCGCGACGUCAAGUUCCGCCCUGAAGAAAAGAUCUCGUUCCCAACCUUCCGCCACGAUGUCAAGGAUCCCGUUCCGGGCGGGUGCGUGAUUUCGCCGGCAACCAAGAUCGUGGUCGUUGAGGGCCUGUAUCUCGGUCUGAAAGCCAGAGAAGCAGCGGAGCUCGAAGGAGGGGGAGACGGCGGCGCCCGGGCGCAGCUACAUCAGGAGAGCAAAGAGUGGUACAAUGAAGAUGAGGAUUUGUUUGACAUCACGAUGUUCAUUGACGCGCCGCUGGAAGAGUGCGAGAGGCGCGUGGUGCAGAGACACGUUGCCGCGGGCAUCAGCAGCACAGAAGCGGAGGCGAGGGAAAGGUGGGCUGGCAACGACGCUUUGAACGCUGCGUUCGUUCUCAGCCAUCUGGAUAGCGCGCACCUGAAUGCUCUGAUUACGCAGGACUAG